AGGGAGAAAAUGAGAGUAAAACUUAUAGCUGUAUUUGAGUGAUUUGUUGCUAAAUACCCUGAUUUGUUCAAACUGUUCAGGUAAUGCUGGGUGAGUGCCAUCUGAACGUCAGGCACCUCCCGAGAAGGAGGGGAGAAACCAGUCAGUUAAAAUUAUAAUAUUUAAGCUAGUGGUAAGUUUAAAAUGGAAGUUUAACUCAAGAAGUCAGUCAAUGUUCUAAAGGACAUAGCUAUGACGAAAGGUGUCAAGCGGACCAGUAGCAACUGAGUUCUUAUUCUCAAUGACCAGCAAGGUGUGUAGGAAGGAUCUGAAUAUCGAUAAGCAGGCAGAGUCUACCCAGGUGAAGCUGCAGAGUCAGGAGGUCCGGAAAGCAUCAAAAUUCAAACUUACUUAAAGGCUGUGCAAUGAGCAAGGGUUCCUCUAAACCAUAUUGAACACUGCUUCCUGCCUUAACACCCCCCAUCCAAGCCUCCUGUUGCACACCUAGGCAUUCAGAAGUAAAGUGUGCAGUAUGAUUGGGUACAUGUCCCUCCCACUCUGAGGUUAAAGUCUACAUCCACCUUUAGGGGAAAUGCAGUACAAACAAACACUUCCAACAAACCGCACAGCAUAUAGCGUUCGACAUCCACACACAAGCUUUCGUUUUCUGUUGUCCGGAAUAUGAACAGGAUGGAUCUGGGAGUCACAGGACGCAGGAACAUUUGGCAGGUAUCGGCGAGAAGAAGGGACGAGUGUUUUGAUGUGUCUUCUGCGAGAUACUAGAGUUGCGGCUCCGUCAGUCAUCUGUACCCUGUGAUCUGUGUCUGUCAGUGAGGGCUGGACCUGUGUCAGGAGAACCUGUUUGGUCACAUUCUGGCUGAGUGACAAGUCUAAAGUGACAGUUUCGUAAUCUGCUGUGGGUGUGUGGGAUGACUCUGUUUAAAAACCUGCGGCAGGGAGGCCCCUGAGUGAACCUUCUGUUUGCUGGCGCUUCCUCGGCAGGGUAGAUGUAAGAAGCUCUCCCGGUAGCCGAGGGAGGAGAGUUGCUCAGAGCCACCGAGAGUUGUUAGCGUUGUGCAUUCGGAUCGCCAGGCGAACUGCCCUCAACCUCACACCGCCCGAUGGCUACAGCGGGAGGAAAUCUCAGUUGACUGGAGCCGAGAGAACCACCAGAUUAAAUUCAGUGCUGAAUGCAGGCAAGGGGGACACGGAGGACGAUGAGAAGAUGGAUGCAAGAUCGAAGCUGAGUGUGGCUGCAAAGAUGUCACUGUUUAAAGAACUGGAGAAAGCAUCCCCUGCAGAAUCUGCUGCCUUGCUGCGUCCUCGGAGCAAUAAUGCAGCUGUGGAGCGCAAACUGCGACGAGUGCAAGACCGAGCUCGGACUCAGCCAGUCACCACGGAAGAAAUGAUAGUGGCAAACAGCAUCUCCAGGGCACAGUCACCAAAGGUGCAGGAUAUGGAGGAGAAAAAGCAAAGUGCAAUUGAACAGGAGGCAGAAGAGAGAGAGGAUAAGAAUUCAAAGUUGAGUCUGAACCAGAAGAUGGCCUUGUUCAACAGCCUGUGUCAGCCUGUGCCAAAGAAGAUGCCCGCAUUGGAAGGGCAUAAUGGGCGGAGACAAAAGGGGGCACGGUACCGCACCCAACCUGUCACCUUCAAUGAGGUCCAGCUGCUCCAGGAAGUACCGGAACAACAGUUUCAUCUUCUACCCAACUCCCAAGUACAGACUCCUGCAGAUAAAGCAGCAUUGGACGUUUUGAGUCUUCCUCCAGCCCAGAAGGAGAUUGGGAAGCCUGAGAUAAUGUCAGCUGCACCAGUCAACAACUCUGAGGGCAGUAGACAGACGGCUACUGUGGAAAGCGUGGAGAUAACUAAGGAAAUUAAAGGGGUAUUGAAAACACAAAGAAUCAGCAAGGAGAGAGAUGACAGCUCAGAGAGUCAUAUCCUGCAGGAACAACCUGUGAAAUAUGAAGCCAGCAGCACAGCCGGUACACCAGCAGAGAGCAACUCCAUUCCAAGUGCCCUGUGUGGAGAUUAUAGAGAGCAACACAACACAGGCAUGACACAUGUAACCCAGGAGCUGGAGAGAAGUGAAGAUGAAGUGAGAGUAAUUGAGAAAGGUCUUUCAGAGAAACAAAACUCCAGUGAAGUACAAGAGGGCGACCAGGGAGAAACAACAGAGACUGAAAAAUUAGAAGUGCUGUCCCAAGACAUUUUCUCAACACCACCCUCCUCACCGCCAUGGCAACAGGAAGACAACAGCUCCUCACUGCAAUACCAAGAGGCUGAUAUCUACUCCACGCCAAUGGGCCAAGGGCAAGAGAAAAGCUAUGUGGAUCAGUUAUUUGACGAUAACAAUGUGGAACAGUCCCUAACUCCAAUUCAUGUGGGAGCAUCUGUAAAGGACAGGUUGCAAAAGCUGAAAGGUGGCGAAGAACAGUGGAAGAAUAAAAUGAACAAGAGGCAGAGUGAUAUCCGUGUCCGGUUGACUGAGCGCUGCAGCCAGCUUCAACAUGCUGAAGGCACCUGGACGAAAAAGGACCCAGUCUAUUCCUCUAUCUAUUCCCCUGUUAUUAGACAGUGCCAGUACAUCAUGUAUUAUGACCAGAGAACAGCAUCUGAUGUCGGGGGACAGGUAUCGCUGCAGGAACGUAAGCAGCUGAUCAGCGUGAGUGAGGAGCAGUGGAAAACGAAAGGCAAAGGUGCAUUCAAUGACUCCAAACAGUUCACAGUGGCGGCGCGUAUGGCGAAGAAAGGGUUAGUGCCUUUGACUACUGGAAAUAAUGAUGAUGCAAUUAUUCCUUUCAAGAAAGUUGCCACAGCAUCAAGCACACCAACCAAACCUCUGGAAGAGAUUACAACUCGCCCUGACAUAUCCCUGGAGAGUGAUGCGACACUGGAUAACCUGGAGAGCUUCCUCAAUAAGCUGCGUGCUAAAUCCACAAGUAACAUGGAGACAAUGAUCACAGUGACAGAACAAUCAGUGAAGGAAGUGAUGAGGCCAGAUGACGAAGAUACCUUCAAUAAAUUCUAUAAGCAUACGACCACCAUUCUGACGCCCGAUGUGGUGAAAAUCGAGGAGAGUUUUGAUGCUAUUUUUGAAUCCAACACCCCAAAACUGACCUCGGAGGUGGCAGAACACAGGCGAGCUGUGAGACCUCUACGUAGGACGCAGUGUUCUCGCAAUCCCCUGAGAGCACUGGCCGCCCGAGAGGACAUCCGUCAGGAGUACACCGAGCAGCGUUUGAAUGUGGCUACAGUGGAGGUCAGGAGGAUCCGGACCGAGAGAAUGGCGAAACACUCUAACUACGCAGAUGUGGCGUUGGCAGGGCUAGCAAGCAAGGAGAACUUCAAAAACGUGAAUCUCCGGAACGUGAAAAUAGCAGAGCAGACGUCCAGUAACAGCACACUGCCGUUCAACAAAGUGAUGCUGCUGCAAGUUAAAGGUCGCAGGCAUGUCCAGGUACGACUGGUGGAGCCAAGAGCCAGCUCACUGAACAGUGGGGACUGUUUCCUGUUGGUCACUGCACAGCACUGUUUUCUUUGGACUGGAGAAUUUGCAAAUGUAAUUGAGCGCUCCAAGGCAUCGGAGCUGGCUGCUUUUAUCCAGACAAAGCGUGAACUGGGCUGCCGAGCACCAAACGUUACCAUUAUUGAAGAGGGCAUAAACAGUCAAGGCAAAAGGGCCAAGGAAUUCUGGGACCUUCUGUGUGGCCAGGUUCAAUACCAAGCCGCAGGAGAUCCUGAAGAAGAUGAGCUGUAUGAAGCCGCAAUCACAGAAACAAACUAUAUAUACCGUCUGGUUGAGGACAGGCUGGUCCCAGUCAAUGAAUCAUGGGGGAAGAUCCCUCGCUGUUCCAUGCUGAAUUCGAAGGAGGUGCUGGUGCUAGAUUUUGGCAGCGAGCUGUACAUCUGGCAUGGCAAAGAGGUGACCCUGGCACAGCGAAAGAUGGCACUCCAACUGGGCAAACAGUUGUUGAGUGGUCCUUAUGAUUAUAGUAACUGUGUAGUAAACCCCCUGGACCCCGGAGCCAAGAAGAACAUUUCCCGGCAACAGGGCCGCCCCGAUUGGGUAAUCUUUGGUCGAUUGUCAGAGCAUAAUGAAACAAUUCUGUUCAAGGAGAAGUUUCUGGACUGGGCAGAGUCGAGAAAGCUGGUACAAAGGGACAUUGAGAUUACAGCCGAGUUAAAGUUAGAGACUCAGAAUGACCUGAAGCCAUAUGAUGCUAAGCUGCUAAUUCCACUCCCAGAAGUGCCCUUCAGAACAAUCCUGGACGGAGUGAAUGUGCAACGCGGUUAUGGAUUUCUACAAGUGGGCGAUGAGAGAAUGUCGGAACUGAAGACCACUGGCGUGGAAAUCUGGCACGUUCAAGAGUUUGAUCACAGCGAGCUCCCCAGAGAGAGUUAUGGCCAGUUCCAUGAAGGGGACACUUAUGUUAUUCAAUGGAAGUAUACCAUCAGCAGUCUGGUGGCAAAGCGACAGAGACCGGAUCAACUGAGCAGCGCUGGUCCUGGGAAGGAGCGAUCUGCGUAUUUCUUCUGGCAGGGUCGCCUGUCGAGCAUCAGCGGCAAAGGAACUUCUGCGUUGACGACAGUGGAACUGGGCAAGGACAGAGAAUCACAGGUGUUGGUGUCACAGGGAAAGGAGCCCCCCUGCUUUCUCCAGCUGUUCCAAGGAGGAAUGAUUACCCACAGUGGCAGAAGGCAUAACAUCAGAAGCUCGCAAGCAGGACUAUGGCGAUUGUAUAUUGUGCAGGGAGAGGUUGCAAUGGAGGGGAGUCUCCUGGAGGUGGCGUGUGAGUGCAGGAGUCUGCGCUCGAGGGGCUCUCUUGUCCUGGUGAACACUCAGCAAGGUCUCAUCUAUCUGUGGCAUGGCUGCAAAGUUCAAGCCAGUGUCAGGGAGGUUGGCAGGACCACAGCCAAUCACAUUAAAGAACGACCUCCUCAGGAGCUGGGUCUGUGGAGUAGGACAGAUGUAACGGUGUGUGAGUUAGAAGAAGGUUCUGAACAUCCAGAGUUCUGGCGUGCACUAGGACAGCGGAAUCGAAAAGUGUAUGACUGCAUGUUACAAGAUCCCGGGAAAUACAACUUCACUGUGCGGCUCUUCAGGUUGACUGCUUCCUCGGGGGAGUUCACUGUUACAGAGCAGUUCAGUCCCACACGCAUCACCAGUGGCAUCAUGGCCAUGCCAUUCCUACAGGAGGACCUCUGCUCAGUACCUCAGCCAGCUUUGUUCCUUAUCGAUAGCCAUCUGGAAGUUUACCUGUGGCAGGGCCGGUGGCCAGACAGUGAAAGCACAGGCUCAGCGAAAAUUCGAUGGGACAUGGAGCGAAAAUGUGCCAUGGAGACGACACUGCAAUACUGCACAGAAAAGAACCCGAGGCGACCCCCAAAGGCAUACCUGGUGCAUGCUGGUGUAGAGCCACUGACCUUCACCAAUAUCUUCCCCCGGUGGGAAUACGACACGGAGAUCGUGCAACAGGUGCAGCAGGGUGUUGCGAAAGGAGUGCUCCUAGUUCAGGAUGCUUUAUCAAGACUGUGCAAGACACAAUACUCACUGGAGGAGAUCAUGUCGAGACCCUUACCAGAGGGGAUUGACCCACACAGACUAGAAACCUAUCUGUCUGAUGAAGAUUUUAAGAAAAUUGUGCAAAUGUCAAGGGAGGAAUUUUACCAACUUCCCAGCUGGAAGCAAGUGAAUUGGAAAAAAGCCAAGGGCCUGUUCUGACAAGACAACGAAAAUGUCAACCUAGUCUGCCCAGGAACAAUUCCACCCACAGCCCCCAGCUCACCACAUUAUUUAGGAGGAGCUUGGGGAGUGAGGUUCAUCGAUUAAAUUGCCACGGCUCCGUAAAAAUGUCUUCCGUGUGUUUUAAACUCUGUACAGGUGCAUAGGUUGGAAUGCAUGUCCUUGUGGAUUAGUUGUGACUGUGGGCCGGGAUUUUCCGGCCCCGUCAUGGUAGGACCCACCAUGGGAGAUUCGGCGGCCCAGCCAAAAGACCAUUGACUUUCGGCUGGACCGAACGAUCCCAGUGGUGGGUGGGGCUGGAAAAUCCCACCCCUGGAUUUUUUUGCAGGCCCAUUAAUUUCCCAUCCUGACCAAUGCUAAUUCCUGCCUCUAGUGCUGAGGUAGAGUUGCCAUUUCUCCAGGAGUUAAACUCAAUCUCUAGAAACUGCUGCGAGCAACCAGGGAGAAGAAUCACAGAGACAUAAUGAAUGAUUGCAUCAUUUUUUUUCUUCCACACUUAUUUGUUAUAAACAUAUUGGGGAUGGGGGAAUAAAAGGCUGGCUGACUGGGAGGGAGAUCAUGUGGUGAAGCCUCCAAAAAUUCAUCCUACUAGAGUUGACAACCCUAUGCUGGGGUCCUUGUGCUUGUCAUGCUUUUUGGUAAUCUUUUCCCUCAGGGUUAAUCAUUAGGCCCUGCUUCAUGGGGCUACUCCUUACUGCCUGAACUUUGACACCUGAGUUCUGUACCCUGAUUGGUUCAUCAAUCCCAUGGCUUGGAAGAGCAAAGUUAUACAGGUGACUGAAGUUAUUCCCAUUGACGGAGAGCUGAGAAGAGACACAGCUCAGGUGUCUAGACUAGUGAAAGGCACGGUAAGUCCAAGAUAGGUGGAUUAUUUGGCAUGGACUGUGAAUACAGGAUUCAAAGAUGAAAUUACAAAUACAUAAACCACUAGGACAGAGAUUAUGAAAUUCUUUUUCCCUAUAAAUAGUGGAUGUGGAACAGACUAGAAAAAAAAGCAGUUAAUUCUGGGUUGAUUGCUGCCUUCAUGCAAGAAAUGGAAACAGUAGCUCUUGAGAAAGGGGAUCAAGGGUUAGAGCAGGUCUGUUUGGUUCAUAUGGAGAAUGGGAAGACAGCAUGGAAACUGAGGGAAAUCUGUAAUUGAGGUGGCUGUGCAUUUACUGCAGUAAAAUGGGUGUGUGGCCUUUUCUCUUUUUUUGUGCCCUUUACAUCUACCACCAUUGCAUUCCCCCACCCCUGGACCCAAUCAAAUCUCUCCUACUAUUAGAGGUGCACUUGUACAGAGGUUACACCUAGAAUUUGAGGCUUUCUGCCUCAUAUUAGUAAUGCAUUGUGAUGUAAACUUUUAUGUUUUUAAUUUAGUUUUUUAUUAUAUUUUGUAAAUGCUGGGAGUUUGUAUUUCAAGCAAUGUUAACAAGGAACCGGUCCAGCCUUAAGUUACCAUUUGAAAUGUUGACACAUCCCAGUGGCAUAGGCCAGUGCCUGGCUGUGGCCCAGACCCACCGGGGUGAGGUAAUGAGCCCUUAGAGGACUGACUGGCCCCUGACAGUGGUUAUGACCAUUGGAACUGCCAGGAUACUCUAAUUUUCAACUGCUGAGUUGGUCAGCCCAGUGUUAAGGGAACCAACAGCUGAGGCUGGAGAUUGCUGAGAAUGAUGUUAUUAUGUGCAUGCUUAACAUACCACGUUAUCCACACGCCUUCCUGCGUUGGGCUUAAUCAGGUGGAGGCAGGGAGGCGACGGAAUUCCCACCACACACCCUCCAGCCCAAUCAAAUCAAAUGCUCCCCCUGCCUCUAAACUCACCUCCAGGGUGAGCAUUAGUGUCUGCAGUGCUUUCGAGGGACUGUGCCAAUCAACUCUCUGCUGAUUUCAGAUGGAGUGCCAAUGUUUAUAAUAUUUUCUUUUGUUGUUUCUCCUUCCUCCUCUUCCCCCUCUCCCACCCUUUGAAAGCACUGACUCUUGCUGGAGUCUAGAUCCAUGACAUAGCUAUCCCUUUGCUGCCUUAUCCAAGUGGUUACUCUUCGUGCAGGAGCCUGUUAUUAAUAUUGACAAAAUCAUUGGCUUUAAAGUGACCCACUUUCCUGAAUUAAGAGAAAUCAGUCGAUCCUGCCUUAGUGAUGCGCUGAUGGGUAAGGAGCAAGCAUGAGCUCAGUGCUGGAGAGGAAAAUAGUGUAAUCUCACAGUAAUUAUAAACCAGGGUAUUAACAUGCCACGAAGCUAAUGUAAAAGCACCAUCUAUUGCCUCACUCCUAUGUGUUAUGCUUAUGCAGCUUUUUAAGUUUGUUUUUAUAAACGUUGCACAAUUCCAGAGGUUUCUGGAAGUAUUUUAAUGCCUUUAAGUCCGCAAAGCAGUCUCUGCUCUCGCUUGUGAUCUGACUGCGUGUGUCGCAUUGCAAGGUCACAGGGAGAAAGUUAGAAGGGAAGCCGAAACUGUGGGAUUCCCUCGGUGAUUAUCACAAAGAAAUACUUUGCAGCAGUGUUUUUUUUUUGUUGCUCCCUGUGAAACGUGGAUCCUGAAAUUGUAAUAUUUAAAUCUCUUUUUAUGUACAGUUUUAAGUCUGCUUUUCAGGGCCUCUAGGAAGUCAAACAACAGUGUAAUUAAUGUAAUGCAGCUGUAUUAAAACUGAAUGGAGAUA